AUGGCAGACCCAAAGAGCUUCAUGUCUCCCGUGGCCACGAACCUCAACCCGCCAAAGGACGACCCUAUCUCUGUUGCAGACCUAGCUAGAUCAGACGGCUCUGAUCCCAGCCGUCCUACCCUCGUUGCCAUCAAGGGAAUCGUCUUCGAUGUGUCUGGAAACCCAGCAUAUGCCAAAGGGGGGAACUAUAAUGUAUUCGUCGGCAAAGACUCCUCCAGGGCCCUUGCAAAGUCGUCCCUAAAGCCAGAGGACUGUGUUCCAAAAUGGGAUGACCUAGAUGACAAGGAGAAGGGCGUUCUAGAAGACUGGUUUAAGUUCUUCAGCAAGAGAUAUAACAUUGUAGGCAAGGUUGCGGGAGCCACCAACCUAUAA